AUGAAAGUUUUCAUACCAUCUACUAAACAAAUGGCUGACUCUUGUACAUCAACAUAUAAUCUAUCAUCUGUAGGAACAAAUGAUUCCUAUUGUUUACCAUUCUUUGAUCGUAUUGCUUGUUGGCCACCAACAGAACCUGGUGUCCGUCGUUAUAUAUCUUGUCCUAGUAAUGUUUUUCCAAAUGCUAGUUCAGAUGCUUAUGCUACACGAUUAUGUACAAAUGAAUCUCGAUGGGAAGAUAAAGCUCAAUAUGGUUUAUGUAUGGGAUGUUCACCUGCUGAAUUUUCUAAUUCAAGUAGAACAAAUGCAUUUUCAUUACCUGAAGCUUAUAUCGUUAUGAGACGAUAUUUUGUUGUUUGUGCAAAUGGUCUUUCUAUUGUUCUUCUUGCUUGUGGUAUCCUUAUUUUACUUGGCAAUAGUCGUCUCCGACAAUGUUCUCGGAAUAUCCUUCAUGUUAAUGUUUUUCUUGUUUUUCUCAUUCGAUCAGCAAUUCAACUUAUUGCUGAGCUUCGCAUGAGUCGAGGUUAUUUUGCUCACAAUGUAUUUGAUCGAAUUGAUGCAUGUAAUCGAACAACAACUUAUUUUAACGAAGAUCAAUUACUUGAUUGUAAAUUGUUCACUAUUUUAAUGAAUUAUAUCAAUAGUAGUGUUUCACAUUGGUUUGUUUUUUGUGAAGCAUUUUAUUUAUUUCGUCUUUUACGAGCUAAAGCAUAUAAAGAUCGUGUUCGAUGGUACAUAUUAACUGGUUGGUUAGCUCCACUUAUUUUAACCAUACUUACAUAUACAACACGUUUUAUGAAAAAAACUGAUUUAUAUACAUGUUGGUUUGAACCAUCAACUUAUGAUUGGAUUCUUCAUGGACCAAAUGUUAUAUUACAAAUUUUUAAUUUUAUUAUAUUUAUUUAUAUAUGUAUAUUACUUGCACGAAAACUUAAUAAAACUUAUCGAACAGCAGCUUUUUCCGAUCAGAGACGUUUUGCUAAAUAUAGUCGAUUAACACGUUCGACAUUAAUAUUAUUACCUGUAUUUGGUAUACAUUAUUUUUUAUUUAUGUGGAAUACGAAACCAUUAUUAAUUUCAAAUUUAAUUCUUAUUCAUCUUACUGUACAUACAGUUUCAUUAUCACUUCAAGGUUUAAUUGUUGCAUUAAUUUAUACAUUAAUUAAUGCUGAAGUUCAACGUGAAAUGUUUCGUAGUUUUGAUCGAUGUUUAACGAGAAAUAAUGCACAAUGGCAACAACCAAAUAUAUUUCGAAAUUAUAUGAAUAAAUUAGAUAAUGAUCGUUUAUAUUCACUUGGAUAUCCAGUACGAUCAACACCUGUUCAAUACCGUCAAAAACUACAACUAACUGGCGUGAUGCAAUAUCAUCAUUGUGCUAAUCAUCAUAGAUGUAGUUUAAGUAAUCCAAGUCGACAAGAUUCAAUAAAUGCAGCAACAGCUAUAGCACAAGAAUUAUCAUUAUUAAAUUUAACACCAAAUCAUCGACAAGCAUUAGUUAACAUACAAAAUAAUCCUGUUUAUUUUACGUGA